CACUCACCGUCACCACCAUCACCACCGGCGUGCACCGACUGAGUAAAAGUCAAAAUGGCGACCGAGGGUCAGUCCGAGUACGAGUCGGUCCUCUGUGUCAAACCCGAAGUCAACGUUUAUCGAAUCCCACCGAGAGCAUCCAACCGGGCUAUCAGGGCUGCCGAUUGGAAGCUGGAUGCGCCUGACUGGACGGGACGCAUGCGUGUGACGGCCCGGGGCAAACUGGCCUUCGUGAAAUUGGAAGACAAAAUCUCUGGGGAGCUGUUCGCCCAAGCACCAGUGGACGAGUACCCUGGCAUCACAGUGGAAACAGUUAGUGACUCAAGCCGUUACUUUGUUCUCCGCAUCCAGGAUGACAACGGCCGCAGUGCGUUCAUAGGCAUUGGGUUUGGAGACAGAGGCGAUGCUUUUGACUUUAAUGUUGCACUUCAGGACCACUUCAAGUGGGUGAAACAGGAGAAUGAAUUUACCAAACAGGCGCAGGCUCCAGAUUCCACUCCCAAACUGGACCUGGGCUUCAAAGAAGGACAGACCAUUACUCUCAAUAUUGGGCAAUCAAAAAAGAGGGACAGGUCUCGCCCACAGAGCUCAGGUGGCUUGGGGCUUCUUCCACCUCCUCCUGGGGGCAAGUUAGCCCCACCCCCUUCGUCCAGAUCUACCAAUCAUAACACACAACAAUCUGCAGGAGGAAGUGACACUGGUUGUUUGCUAGACCUUGACGCCAGCAAUUCCAACUCAGUGACUCCAUCCAACGCUGCCACCAUAGCCAGUUCUGACCUGUGGGGAGACUUUGACUCUGUAUCCCCAAACGUUACCGUGGAAACUGCAGAGGAGCAGGACCACUGGAAGGCCGCCCAUUCCUUCAACUUGUAAGAGGUGAACUUUACGAGCUGGAGGAAACCGAAUAGGAAAGGAGUCAGGAUGAUUUCACAGAGUGGAACUGUUCAAUAUCCUCGCUCAGGAUUUUUGUGCUGUUUAUGUUUCCUUUAAUCUCCUUGCAUAUAAAUGCUCCAGGUCACUGUAAUGUUUUCCCUAAAGUUUUGCUCCGGCUAAAAACACACAGAAAGAGUGGCGCUAUGUUUUGGAUGACAGACAAGUUGUCAUCGUUAAAGAAGAAGGCCUGAUGUCAUUUUGCUAUGGAAUAAUCUGCUCUACAGUGUAUAUAUAUAUACACACACACACACACACACACACACACA